GUGGCGUUUUCGUCUGCUACUUGUAUCAGUCGUCAAAUCAAAAUGGCUGCCCCCAUGUUGAAAAGUUGGGACUAGACUUCGUGAACUUUAAGCAUCGUAUUUCGGGCAUUUGUACCCACCAUGAGGAGCAAGAAAAAGUCCUUGACAGGGGGAUUUGAUGGAGGAGGGUAUAUCUCAGACAAGCGACUUGUUGCGAGAGUUCACGAGUAUCUGGCAGGUCUUCCCAGAGGACAACAUCUGGAUGUUUCCACCAUGGCUGAACAACUCCAGGCCAAGUACAGUGAAUAUGGCAGAAGGAAGAAAAAUGUUUUCAGAGCAUCUGUGCACAAAGUCUACAGCAUGAUCAAACAGAAGCAGACUCUAAGCCAGAGACAGGAAGGCCCAGAGGCAUUGUCAGAGAAAAGGACAGAGGACAUUGAUGAUGUUUCAUCAGACGGUGAUGAGUCAGAAGACAGCAGCAGUGGAAGCUUCUCUGCGGACAAUGAAGAUUACGAAAGUUACCAAGACACCAACAUGAUGAACACUUCCAUGCUGGACUUGUACAACAAAAGAUCUAGUAAUACCCCUGGUGGUGCCUCCAUAAAUAGUAACCCUGCUGGUACCUCAGUAAACCCUUCCACAGCCUCACAAGACUCCACCCCUUCGAAUUCCCAGACCUGGUUUGUAGACAGAACUCCCAGUUCAAGUGUACAAGCAAGUGAUAAACCUGGUAAAUCCACUGCAAAAGACAUGGAUGAUAAGCAGACCAGAGAUACCAGCAAGGAUGUUCCUAAAGAUAAUGGAGACAGGAAAAAAGAAUCUACAAGAUGGACAUAUGAGGAGAAGAAGGCAGACAAAACUAUUCAAGAUGAGGCAACUUCACAGAAGAAGCUGAAGAGAAAAACAGAAGAAGAAACUGAUGGAGUUGGAAAGAAAAGGAAAGGAAACAGCACAAAAGGUCCAGCUCUACAGAAGUCUACAGUCAAGUUUGCAGAUGUAGGUGGUAUUGAGUCUUGUUUACAGGAGGUGUGUAAACUGCUGGUUCACCUGCGCCACCCUGAGGUGUACCAGACGUUAGGAGUCACCCCGCCUCGGGGGUUCCUGCUACACGGACCACCAGGCUGUGGCAAGACUCUGCUGGCUAAUGCAAUAGCAGGGGAGCUGGAGUUACCCCUGCUGAAGAUUGCUGCCACAGAGAUUGUAUCUGGAGUGUCUGGAGAGUCUGAAGAGAAAGUCAGGGACUUGUUUGAGAAAGCAGUGGCCAGUGCCCCCUGUAUCCUGUUCAUAGAUGAGAUAGAUGCCAUCACACCUAAGAGGGAGACAGCCCAGAGGGAGAUGGAACGCAGAAUUGUGGCUCAACUUCUCACCUGUAUGGAUGAUCUGAGUGCUAACAUCAGUGCCCAUGUGCUGGUGAUUGGAGCCACCAACAGGCCAGAUUUCCUGGACCCAGCCCUGAGGAGGGCAGGCAGGUUUGACAGGGAAAUCUCCAUGGGCAUUCCUGAUGAAAGGGCACGGGAGGGGAUUCUGCAGGUUCUGUGCCAGAAACUGCGGCUGUCUGAAGGCUUCAGCUACCGACAGCUGGCACACCUGACACCUGGCUAUGUGGGGGCCGACCUGAGCGCCCUGUGCAGGGAGGCAGCCAUGACAGCUAUCAACAGAAUCCUUACAGAGCGUGAAGAAGAAGAAGCAAAAAGAAAGAACAUUGAGGUGACUGUUACAGGUGGAGAGGUUGCUGUGCCACCUGAUGCAGGUACUUCAUCUGUGGAAGCCCCUGUACAGACAGCAGAUAUAACAUCAGUGCUGAGUUGGUUGAAGGAUCAGCCCCCACUCACACAGGAGCAGCUACAGGAUCUCAGUAUCCAGAUGGAAGACUUCCAGGUAGCACUUUCCACAAUGCAGCCAUCUGCCAAGCGAGAAGGGUUUGCUACCAUCCCUGAUGUGACUUGGGAUGAUGUUGGUGCCCUGCAGGACAUCAGAGAGGAACUGACCAUGGCCAUACUGGCACCAGUGAAGCACAGGGAGAAGUUUGAGUCCCUGGGGCUGGUGAACCCCCCAGGGGUGCUGCUGGCGGGGCCCCCAGGGUGUGGGAAAACUCUCCUGGCCAAGGCCAUCGCUAAUGAGUCAGGAGUCAACUUCAUCUCUGUCAAGGGGCCAGAACUCUUGAACAUGUAUGUAGGGGAGAGUGAGAGGGCUGUGAGGCAGGUGUUCCAGAGAGCUCGGAACUCAGCACCUUGUGUCAUCUUCUUUGAUGAGCUGGAUGCCUUGUGUCCCAGGAGAUCUUCAGCAGGGGAGUCCAGUGGUGCAGUCCGAGUUGUCAACCAGCUGCUGACAGAGAUGGAUGGCCUGGAGGCUCGUAAGCAGGUCUUUAUCAUGGGCGCCACCAACAGGCCAGAUAUCAUAGACCCUGCAGUGCUGCGGCCAGGAAGGAUGGACAAGCUCCUGUUUGUUGGGCUGCCAAGUGAAGUAGACAGGGAAGCUAUUCUCAACACUAUCACAAAGCAUGGCACUAGACCUCCCAUUGGAGAAGACGUCUGCUUGGCAUCUCUAGCAAGAGAUGCGCAAUGUAACAACUUCACUGGUGCAGACCUGGCAGCUCUGGUGCGUGAGGCUGCCAUGAGCGCCUUACGGGAGUCUGUGGUGCAUCCUGGGACAGCACCCGGCACAGACUGGGUUUCACCUGGUCAUAUCAGGAUCAACCUACAACACUUCAACAAGGCAUUCCAGAAAGUCAGGCCUUCAGUUUCAGAAAAGGAUCGAGCCAUGUAUGAGAAGAUGUGGGAGAGAAUCAGACAGAUGGUGUAGGUACUAGGCGAACUUCAUAAAGACAAAUUGUGAAAAUUGAUAGAGAAUAAAGGACAGAUAUAUUAACAUUUCCUUUUAAGUACUGUGACUCAAUUUGCAUUGGAGAAAUAUACUGCAAAUCUUAAAAUGUUCAUGGUAGUAAAUUAAAUUCAUGACACUGCAAAUAAAAUUAUGCAUUUUCAAUGUAUUACUACUGUAUGGCAGAAUUGUUUCAACCAUGAACUUAGAACAGCAAAAGCCUCAUUUCCCCUUUUAGGUACUAGAAAAUAAAAUAUAUUUACAGUAACUGCCAUGUACCUUUGCCAUAUUGAAAUUAGCAACCAAAACACUUUAUUUUAGUUUGUGCAGCAUUAUAGUACCUAUACAAGACAUCUUCCAGUAUUUCAAAAUAUAUGUGAAUUGUCUACUUUAUUUCAUGUGUAGUCAUUUAUGACAAGUGCUAUAGUUGUGAUGGAAUAUUAAAGUUCACAUCUGACAUAAAAA